AUGUGUAGCAAGUCGCAGAGAAUUCGAAUCGGAAUUGUCGGUGGUGGAGCUGCUGGGAUUAUUGCAGCCAAGUGUCUGCGCGAAGUAGGACAUGAAGUAGUUGUGUUUGAGAAGGCUGGAAAUAUUGGUGGCGUGUGGAAAUACGACGAGGCCACGGACGCUUCCUCGUCGGUGAUGUACAAGUCUUUGCACACGAAUCUGCCGACUGCAAUCAUGCAACUUCAGGAGUUUCCAUUCCAAAAGGACGUAUCCAGUUUUCCAUCUCAUGUCGAUGUGCUAAAGUACUUGCAAGAUUUCUCUAAACACUAUGAGGUGGACAGCUGUAUGCGUCUCAAGUCAGUGGUAACAAGUCUAUCGAAAGUGGCAGAGCAGUGGAAGAUUUGUGUGACGUCGGAAGAAAAAGGGGAUUAUGAAGAGCACUUUGAUCGCGUGGUGAUCUGUAAUGGCCAUUUCUCCAAACCUUCUUUUGCUACAAUAAAGGGGAUCGAGCACUACAAGGGAGUCGUAUCGCAUUCGCGAUUGUACCGCACGUCCGCUCCUUACAAGGGCAAGCGGGUUGUAAUAAUUGGACGAGGACCGUCAGGCCAAGAUAUUUCUCUUGAGCUUGCUAGAAGUGGUGCUUUGGAAGUUAUUGUUUCGACUCUUGAUUAUGACUCAAACUCCGUGGAUCCACAAGACCGGCGUUUGCUGAAACCUGCCAUUGACCACAUCGCUGAAGACGGUUCAGUAGUGUUCAUGGAUGGAUCUGCAAUUGCUUCACCGGAUGAGAUCAUGCAUUGCACUGGAUACCUGUACACAACAAAGGAUCUUUUUGCGUCGAAAUUGCUAUUUCCUGAAGUGUCAGUCCAACCUAAUGCUGUGAGCGACAACGUUGCGACUGACCUUUUGCAGUGUACAGCAAACGGACAUGCCGUAGAACCCGUCUACAAGCAAUUGAUUGCUAUUGAGGACCCCACGGCCGCCUUUGUCGGACUUCCAUUCAGCAAUCUGCCGUUUCUCUGCUUCCAGCUUCAAAGUCGAUGGAUUGCGCGCGUGUUUGGUGGAUCUUUGCUCCUUCCUUCGAAGGAGGAGAUGUAUGAAGAUUUCUAUGCGUAUCUUGGCACUUUGCGAGAAGGUAUGAGGAAGCUGCAUCAGUUGGGAGGCCGCCAGAAACAUUACUUCACUGAAAUGGCUGCUCUCUCCAACACGGAGGUGGGAGAAGAAGUCCACGAAAUCUACGAAGACACUCGUUUCCUACGCCAAAACUUUCCGUACAACUAUCGGGCUGCGGAAUACCGGCGGGACCCAGUGACAAGGAAGUGGGUUCGCCGUAUCAAGUCUAGCAACUCAUCCCCGGAGCUUGUGAAGGAAUUCUCAGGCUAG